AUGAGCGGGCUGCUUCAGAAAAGUGUGGAGAAAGGAGCUCUAGGAAGCAUUUCCAGCGUGUCCUCGACAGCUACCAGCUACCAAGGACCAGCUAUGAAAUUUGAACUGGUGGGAAAAUGUUCGAAAUCCAAAGCACGAGCUGCGACCAUGAAACUACCCCAUGGAACAGUAGAAACGCCGAUGUUUAUGCCAGUAGGCACUCAAGCGUCUUUAAAAGGGUUGACCUAUGAACAACUGAAAGAUCUGGGCUGUAAAAUCUGUUUAAAUAACACAUAUCACUUGGGACUGAAACCAGGUCAAGAAACUCUGGAUACCGUUGGAGGAGCUCAUAAACUCCAAGGAUGGAAUGGAAACAUCCUCACCGAUAGUGGCGGGUUCCAAAUGGUAUCGUUAUUGAAACUUGCUACUAUCACAGAAGAAGGAGUGAAUUUUCUGAGUCCCCACGACGGGUCGCCCAUGUUGCUGACCCCUGAACAUUCCAUGUCGCUACAGAACAGUAUUGGUUCAGAUAUCAUGAUGCAACUUGACGACGUAGUAGCUACUCUGACUACAGGACCUCGUGUCGAGGAGGCCAUGCAUAGAAGCAUCAGAUGGCUCGAUAGAUGUAUAAAAUCCCACAAGAACCCCGACACACAGAACCUAUUCGCCAUCAUCCAAGGAGGACUAGAUCUCGACCUACGUCGUCAAUGUUGCGCAGAAAUGGCUGCUCGUGACACUCCUGGAAUUGCUAUUGGAGGAUUAUCCGGAGGAGAAGAUAAAGAAUCGUACUGUAGAGUUGUGUCUCUCUGUACUGAUCUUCUGCCUGCCAACAAACCCCGAUACUGUAUGGGAGUAGGAUAUGCCGAAGACCUCGUGGUAUCAGUAGCGUUAGGAGCCGACCUGUUUGACUGUGUAUAUCCUACCAGAACCGCCAGAUUUGGAAACGCCAUCACGCGGUUCGGCAAUCUCAACCUGAGAAGCCGAAAGUACAUGGACGACUUCUCGCCCGUCGAAGAAGGAUGCGGUUGUCCCAUCUGUAAACCGAAAUCCGAGGGUGGACUCGGCAUCACAAGAUCUUUUAUUUUCCACCUGGCAGCCAAAGAAACCGCCGGAGCACAUCUUCUCACCCUCCACAACGUGUACUACCAACUGGAACUGAUGCGCCGAGCCCGACGUGCCAUCCUGCAAGACUCGUAUCCCGACUUCGUCAAACAGUUCUUCCACGACCUGUACAACGGGGACCGCGAAAAAUACCCCUCCUGGGCCAUCACGGCCCUCAAAACAGUCAACAUAGACCUCUAA